AUGAACAGGGAAGGGGAUUGGAUGUGUGUUGCAUGCCAGCACGUAAAUUUCAAGAAACGUGAUGGAUGCCAACGAUGUAGCUGUCCUAAAUAUGCAACGUCAGCUGACGUUGCAAUGUAUGGACUAAACAUAACAGAUGUAUGGACUAAACAUAACAGAUUGCUGAAAUUUGAUCGGCUACAUGAAUCCUCAUUUUCCAUAUCUCUCCCCUUAAGUUGCGGAAUAUGUUACUGUUGCACCAAGGGCUCCCCUUCACCAAAAGUGAGAAGUAGUACUAGAAGUCCUCGAUAUUUACUACGAGCAUAUAACAUAACUUCCUUCUUGAUCUACAGAAUAGGAUGUGGUAUGCACAACUAUGCUAGUAGAGCUGAAUGUUACAAGUGCAAGACACCUAUGGAUUCUGGUGAGACAUCUGAAUUAGUCGACGUUUUACUUUCCAACACCAUUUUUCAUUUACUAUAACAUUCUGUUCUGUUUUUUCAGGAUGAGGGACGCCGCGAUAUUAAGUUUUUGUUGAAGAUUUACCUUCUGAGACUUAACUACAUUGUAUCUGUGACACUGUUACAUAGUGUGUUCUAAUGAAUGAAAUUCCUUCAGAUUUUGCUUUCUUUCUGUGUAAUCUUGACAAUCAAUCAAUGUUGUUUAGGCCUAUAAAGAAAGCACUAGCUAUGCUGCUCGCGGACUCUUCAAAGGUAUCGAUGGGAUCCUCCAAAAGCAGUACUCCCGUUGUUUCAAUUUGUUUGUCCUCCUUGGUUUGUAAUCCGUUUUGGUACAUGCAUUUGAUAUAUUUUUAGUUUAAGACAACAAGAUACUAUUUGUCUUGUUAACUUUCUUUAAAUUUCACGUCAAAUCAAAAUA